UUUGGGAAGAAGGGGGAGCGCAGGGGUACGAGCACGGACCAAUGGUCAGAGCUGCAGCGGCAGAUUGAGGGGCGGGCGGAGCCUUUCCUGUGCCGUGGAGUUUGGUUGUGUUGGGAGAGAGUGAAAAAAAAAGUAAGAUCCCGGCGAAUGACCAAAGCGAGUCAUGUCUUUAUUAGUGCCGGAGCGAAAACGGUAGUGCGCUGAAACUGUAUGCGAAUACUCUCUCUCAUAGCAAUCUGUGCAAGGCAAAUCAUUACAGGAGGAUACAAACUGCAUUACAAAAGUUGAGCGUAUGAACAAAAAGUUUGCAGGAACUUUAUGAAAACGUCUGAAGCUGCGUUGAAAAACUUUCUGGAGAGAAGCGAGUGAAGAAACACUGACUACUUUUUACUUUGCAAGAACUCGGUGGAUACAAGGUACCUUUUCCAGGAUUUAACCCUAGGUUCGUUUCGAUUUGAUGCAUUUUGGAAGAGGGAUAUCUUGCUGGAAAGGUGGGCUAAGCACACUACUGUACCAUGGUACCGUUAGGUAGAAGCUGCAAUUUUCUCGCCGUCUUGCUGGUGCUUCUGAGCUUCUGCUGGGAUGCCGCGUCCAACCAACUCCGCCAAGUGUUUCGGGUCGUGGAGGAGCUGCCGCCCGAGACCCUGGUGGGCACCAUCCUCACCAAGCCCGACUUCACCUACCGCUUCAGCGAGAGACACCCGUUGUUCGCCAUCAACGCCAGCACGGGGGUCAUCUGCACCACCACGGUGAUCGACCGCGAAACCCUGCCCAGCGACGUGAUCAACAUCGUGGUGCUGUCCAGCCAGCCCACCUACCCGACCGAGGUGCGCAUCGUGGUGCAGGAUGUCAACGACAACACGCCCGUCUUCCCCGAGCCCAGCAUCGUGGUGACUUUCAGGGAGGACACCAGCGGUGGCCGGCAGGUGAUCCUGGACACCGCCACCGACUCGGACAUCGGCUCCAACGGGGUGGACCACCGCUCCUACCGCAUCGUGCGGGGCAACGAGGAGGGCAAGUUCCGCCUGGACAUCACGGUCAACCCGAGCGGGGAAGGAGCCUUCCUGCACCUGGUGUCCACCGACGGGCUGGACCGGGAGACGGCGCCUUCCUACCGGCUGGUGGUGGAGGUGGAGGACAGGGGGGAGCCCAGGAGGUUCGGCUACCUGCAGGUGAAUGUCACCGUGCAGGACGCCAACGACAACUCGCCCAGCUUCUCCCAGGCUCACUACCAGGCCAGCGUGUACGAGAGUGUGUCCGUGGGCUCCAGCGUGUUGCAGGUGUCGGCCGGCGACCUGGACCAGGGGGUCAACGCCGAGCUGGUGUUCACGGUGGACGAGGGCAGCCCCUUCCACAUGGAGCCGCUGAGCGGGCUGCUGACCGUCAGGGAGCGGCUGGACUACGAGACGAAGAAGGAGUACUCGCUGGUGAUCAGGGCCGGCGACGGGGGCAGCCCGUCCCUGAGCGGCCGGGCCGAGGCCACGGUCAAGCUGCUGGACGUCAACGACAACGAGCCGCGGGUUCGGUUCCGCUACCUGCCGGCCCACUCCCGCUUCGCCGCCGUCGACGAGAACGCCCCGAUCGGCACGGUGGUGGCCCUGCUGACGGUGAGCGACGCCGACUCCUCGGCGGCCAACGGCAACAUCUCGGUGUCCAUCGUGUCGGGCAACGAGCAGCGGCACUUCACCGUGCAGCGGUCCGUGGCCGGACUCAGCCUGGUCAAGGUGGCCAGCGCCCUGGACCGCGAGCGCAUCGCGGCCUACAACCUGAGCGUGUCGGUGUGCGACCACGGCCUGCCGCUCGGCCGCUCCUCCCUCGCCAGCCUCCUCAUCUUCAUCAACGACAUCAACGACCACCCGCCCGUGUUCGAGCGGCCGCUCUACCGGGUGCUGGUGGCCGAGGACGUGCCGCUGGGCAGCUACAUCGGCGGCCUGAGGGCGACCGACGGCGACUCGGGCCUCAACGCCCAGCUGGUGUACACGGUGGUGUCGGGCAACCGGCUGGGUUGGUUCAACAUCAGCCACGAGUCGGGCCUGAUCACCAGCGCGGCCUCCCUCGACCGGGAGACGGCCGGCCUAGUCCGCCUCAACAUCAGCGCCAGCGACCGGGGCCUACAGCCGCGCACCUCCUACACCACCCUGGCCAUCACCGUGGGCGACGUCAACGACCAGGCCCCGACCUUCACGCGACCCUCCUACCACUCGGUCGUGGCCGAGCACUCGCCGCCCGGCACCGCGCUCGCCGCCCUCACCGCCCUCGACAAGGAUCUUGGCGCCAACGGCACCGUGCGCUACCUGCUGGCCGCCGACACCCCGCCCGCUUACCGGCGGCUCUUCCGCCUCGACCCGCUCUCCGGCCUCCUCACCUGCCUGGCCGAGCUCGACCGGGAGCGGCAGCCCGCCGGCUACCAGCUGCGGGUCGAGGCCCGGGACAAGGGCCUGCCCCCGCUCUCCUCGCUGGCCCGCGUCGACAUCACCCUGCUCGACAUCAACGACAACAGCCCCGCCUUCUACCCGCUCCAGUACUUCGCCAACAUCAAGGAGAACGAGCCGCCCGGCACCUACAUCGCCACCGUGUCCGCCGCCGACCCCGACCUGGGCAGCAACGGCACGGUCAACUACGCCAUCACCGCCGGGGACACCAACACCUUCCACAUCAACCGCAACACAGGCGACAUCUCCACCAGGCUCUCACUCGACCGGGAGGAGAAGACAGCUUACCAGCUGCAGGUGGUUGCUACCGAUGGUGGAAAUCUGCGCUCACAGACGCUAGCGAUUGUGACCAUCACGGUUAUUGAUACACAGGAUACACCUCCGUCAUUCAGCCAGAGCAGCUACAGUUUUGUUAUCUUCGAAAACAUCGCCAUUGGGUCCCUUGUCGGCACAGUAUCUGCAUCCACGCUUGAUCUUAAUACCAACAUUACUUACCUCAUCACGUCGGGAGACCAGAGGGGCAUGUUUACCAUUGGUGGAUCAACAGGUCAAAUCAAUACUGCCAGCACGAUCGAUAGAGAAGAAAUGGCAUUUUAUCAGUUAAAAGUUGUGGCAAGUGGUGGUACGGUAACUGGAGAGACUCUAGUUAAUAUCACAGUCAAGGAUCUAAAUGAUAAUUCUCCACAUUUCCCGCAUGUGGUUGAAAGUAUCAAUGCAGUUGAAAAUUGGGGUUUGGGGCACACAAUUUUCCAAGCCAGAGCUAAGGAUCCCGAUGAGGACAUCAAUGGCAUGGUUUCAUUUUCCUUGCGGCAGAAUCCAAAAGGUCUCUUCCAUAUCGAUGAGAAAACUGGAACAAUAACUUUAAAUGGACCCCUCGACAUAAAUGCAGGUUCAUACCAGCUGGAGGCAGUAGCGUCUGACAUGGGUGUUCCCCGCCGUUCAUCCAGCUUAAUUCUAACGAUAUAUGUGCACGAUGUGAAUGAUAACUCGCCUGUAUUUGACCAGCUUUCAUAUGAAAUCACUAUUUCAGAGGGUGAACCUGUGAACUCAAGAUUCUUCAGGGUUCAGGCUUCCGAUAAAGAUUCGGGAGUGAAUGGGGAGAUCAGUUAUGACAUUAUAGAAGGAAACGGAGAGAAGAGGUUUGGUAUUUUUCCUGAUGGCCAGUUAUACAUCAAGGCUGAAUUGGAUCGUGAAACUCAAAGCCAUUAUGUCUUGAUGGUUGUUGCUGCAGAUAGAGCAGUGGAGCCUCUGAGUGCGACUGUGAACGUAACUAUAAUACUAGAAGAUAUAAAUGAUAACAGGCCUUUAUUUAACAGCACAAAUUAUGUAUUUCAUUUUGAAGAAGAGCAAAAAGCUGGUUCAACUGUUGGACACAUCAAAGCUGUGGACAAAGAUUUUGGAUUUAACGGAGAAGUGAAGUAUACAUUUGAAACCGCCCAGCUUGAUUUUGAGCUGAAUGAAGUCACGGGAGAAUUAAUCAGUAGACAUCAGUUUGACCGGGAGGCGUUAAUGAGGCAAAGAGGAGCAGCGGUGUUCAGCCUUACAGUAACUGCAUCAGACCAAGGAUUGCCAAAAAUUCUCAAGGAUCACGCUGCUGUACAAGUUUAUAUUACGGAUACAAAUGAUAAUGUGCCCAGAUUCACUAAAGACCUAUAUCUGGCCACAAUAUCUGAAUCGGCAGGGAACUUGACACAAGUACUCCGUGUAAGCGCCUCAGAUGUGGAUCAGGGAAAUAAUGCAUUGGUGCAUUACUAUAUAAUGGAAGGAAAUGAAGAAAACCAGUUUAUGAUUCAAAGUACCAUGGGACAGGUGACAUUGAUAGGAAAAUUGGACCAUGAAGCUACAAUCUCUUAUUCCCUGACUCUUCUAGCAGUCGACUUAGGAAGUGGCCCUUUGAGCUCCACAUGUACUUUAAUCAUCAGCGUGUUAGAUGAAAAUGACAACACUCCUUCAUUUCCAAAGUCUGUGAUGCACAUCGAUGCAUUGGAAAACAUGAGAGUUGGAGAACUUGUCGAAUCGGCAACUGCCACUGAUUCAGAUUCUGGGGACAAUGCUGAGAUUCAUUACAGCAUUACAGGAAGUAACAAUCAUGGAACGUUUAGCAUCAGUCAUAAUACAGGUAGCAUUUUCCUUGCAAAAAAAAUGGACUUUGAAACCCAAUCUAUUUACCAUUUGAACAUAACAGCAAAUGAUAAAGGAAGACCUACAAGAUCCUCAACAAUGUCAGUAGUGAUUCAUGUUAGAGACUUCAAUGAUAAUGCACCCAGUUUUCCUCCUGGAGAUGUCUUUAAAUCUAUUGUGGAAAAUAUUCCUAUUGAUACAUCGGUACUAACUGUCACUGCCCAGGACCCUGAUGCUGAUAUUAAUGGAGAAUUACGUUAUUGCAUAGCCCAACAAAUACCGAGAGGGAACCAUUUUGUGAUUGGUGCUGCAGAUGGAAUACUGCGCACAAACGGAGAGAUUGACCGUGAAUUUUCCAAUCUUUUUGAACUUACUAUUAAAGCCAUUGAUCAGGCAGUUCCUCUCGAUUUCAGGCGUUUCGCUUUGAAGAAUAUCACCAUCUUAAUAACAGAUCAGAAUGAUAAUGCUCCGGUGUUUAUAUCUCAGAAUGCCCUGGUCGCAGAUAGUGCUCUUGCGAUGGGCUCCAUUCUUACAACCAUCAGGGCGAUUGACCUGGAUGAGGGAGCAAAUGGAGAAAUUGAAUAUGAACUAGUUAGUGGAGACAGUGAUACAUUCAUGAUGGAUCGAUAUAGUGGAGAUAUUAGAGUAAUUUUACCUUUGGUUCCUUCUCGACUCCUAUAUCAACUUGUUGUGUUGGCCGUGGACUUUGGACAAGAGAAAAGAAAAACUAGCACAGAGAUGACUGUUAUUCUUAAGGGGAGAGAUGGACCUGUAUUUACCCAGCCAAAAUACAUCACUGUUUUACGAGAAGGAGAACCGGUGGGUACAAGUGUGAUCUCUUUAAAGGCAGCCAGUCCACGAGGUUCUUUGGCAUUACUGGAGUACUACAUCGUUUCAGUUCGUUGUGGGGGAAAAUCAGUUGGACGCCUUUUCACGAUAGGACAACAAAGUGGUAUCAUCCAAACAGCUGCUGUGCUGGAUCGCGAGCAUGGACCAAAUCUUUAUCUUGUGGAUGUCUACGCAGUUGAGAAAUCUUCCAAUUUUCCCAGGACGCAAAGAGCAGAGGUGGAAAUAACUCUACAGGAUAUCAACGACAACCCCCCUUUGUUUCCAACUAAUGCAUUGGAUCUGAUCAUCGAAGAAAACAUUGGGGAUGGAUUUAGAAUAUUACAGCUGUCAGCUACAGAUGCAGAUGAGGGUCCAAAUGCUCUUGUGACAUAUGCCAUUAUAAGUGGAGCAGACAACAGUUUUCGCGUUGAUCCUGAGUCUGGCGACCUUCUAGCCACGAAGCGUUUGGACAGAGAGCGCCGUUCCAAAUAUUCCUUACUGGUCCGAGCGGACGAUGGGCUGCAAUCCUCCGACAUGCGAAUCAACAUCACUGUCAGUGACAUAAAUGAUCACGCACCCAAGUUCUCCAGGAACGUGUAUUCAUUUGAUAUCCCAGAGGAUAGUCCACCUGGCUCCAUCGUGGCAGCCAUACUGGCAACUGAUGCAGAUUCUGGUGCUAAUGGGGAAGUCACGUACAUGGUGGAAGAGGAUGACGAAGAUGGACUAUUUUUCCUCAAUUCUGUGACUGGAGUUUUUAAUCUAACACAACCUCUGGAUUAUGAGAAGCAACCAUAUUAUAUUCUGACUAUCCAGGCAGAAGAUGGCGGAGGACAGCUCAGCACAGUAAGAGUUUACUUCAAUGUGCUGGAUGUGAAUGAUAAUCCACCCAUUUUCAGUCCUUCAUCUUACAGUACCUCAGUGAUGGAAAAUCUUCCCCCUGGAGAACGAAUCCUAACCGUUAAUGCAACUGAUGCAGAUGCUGGGUUGAACUCUCAGUUAGAAUACAUCAUCGCAGCUGGAGAUUCGUUGCAGUAUUUUAAUAUUGACAGUAACGGGGUCCUGAGUGUCAGGCUAGAGUUAGAUCGGGAGAGCCAGUCGUUCUACAACCUGCUAAUCAUGGCUCACGAUUCAUCUCUGCUGCCUGCAAGUAGGCUUACGAGCACCGCACAAAUCUCUGUUAUUCUCCUGGAUGUCAACGACAACCCACCACGAUUUAUUUCCUCCAAAAUGGCGUACAUGCAAGAAAACUCUCCUGUCAACACUAUUGUCUACAAAGCACAAGCCACCGAUCCUGACAGUGGCCCAAACAGUUAUGUCGAGUACACCUUGCUGAGCCACUCGGCAAACAAGUUCAGCAUCGGAACAAUAGACGGCACAGUUAGACUAACUGGCGGCCUUGACAGGGAAGAAAUCUCCAAUUAUACCUUGACGGUGAUUGCUACGGACAAGGGUGAGCCCCCACUCUCCUCAUCAAUGGACAUUACUGUUAUUGUGCUCGAUGUGAAUGAUAACCCUCCCGUCUUUCAGCAGCGUCUCUAUCAAGUUGAAAUUAGUGAAAACACACUUAGCGGCAUUGACCUCCUCCAGGUGGCCGCCACUGACUUGGACGAAGGCACCAAUGGUCAGGUCCGGUACCACGUGGCCGGUGGAAAUGUGAACAGUGAUUUUCGGCUUGAUUCAGUUACCGGUGUAUUAUCAGUGGCCAAGCAGCUCGAUCGCGAAACGCACCCCUCGUAUUCUCUGACUGUCCAGGCAACUGAUCGUGGAAGCAGCCCACAAACUGCCACAGCUGUGGUGAACAUCAACCUCACCGACAUGAACGACUUUAUACCCGUCUUUGAACUGUCGCCCUACACAAUGCACGUGCAGGAAAAUGCACGCAGUCUGCCAUCGUCCAUCUUGCAGGUCGUAGCUCGCGAUGAUGACCAAGGCCUGAACGGUCAGUUGACUUAUACAAUCGUUGAUGGAAAUGACGUAGGCGCGUUUACUCUAACAUCCAGCGGGCAGUUGAGCCUAGUCGUGAGCCUCGAUCGAGAAACAACAGCAGAGUUUGUACUGACUGUCAUUGCUACAGAUGCAGGGUCUCCAGUGCUCACUGGCACAAGCACUAUCACAUUGAUUGUAGAUGACAUCAAUGACAAUCUUCCAACAUUUGCUUUCAAAACCUACCAUGCCACUAUCCCUGAGAAUGCUGCAACAGGGACAGAUGUUUUGCUUGUCAACGCCACUGAUGCUGAUGACGGCUUGAAUGCAGUUGUCAGCUACAGACUGGUUGGUGGAAACUCCAAGUUUUCCAUUAAUCCCUCCACCGGCCAAAUUAUCACAAGUGCUCUUCUGAACAGAGAGAGCAAAGAAACAUACAACCUUGUUGUGGUGGCAACUGAUGGAGGCUUACUUCAGGCCAAAUCCAGUUCGGCCACUGUUUUUCUAACACUUUCUGACAUCAAUGACAAUCCUCCCAGAUUUCAUCAUUUCCCCUAUGUCACCCACAUUCCAGCGCCUACAAGUGAAGGAUCAUUUGUGUUUGCUGUUACUGUUUCUGAUGCGGAUAAAGGCCCCAAUGCAGAACUACAGUAUUCUUUAACUGGAAGAAAUGCAGAAAAGUUCCAGAUUGAUCCACGCCGUGGUUCUAUCAUGGCUGCUCAGAGGUUAACGGGAGGCGCUGACAUUACGGUCACCGUUAACGUGAAAGACAGUGGAAUCCACCCAAUGUCAGAUUCUACCACUGUGACAGUCAGAUUUGGAAGUAAGGCUGAUUUUCCACAAAUCAAAGCAGGGCAACAGAUUUUUGUAUUUCCAGAAGAUCAGAAGGUGGACACUGAUAUCACCACAGUAUCAGCCUCUUCAGCACGGCUGGAUGUAAGAGGGCCAUUAUCCUACUAUGUAGCCAGCGGUAAUCUUGGUGACGUCUUCCAUAUUGAUCAGCUGACAGGGAAUCUUGUUCUUCUGAACCCUUUAGACUUUGAAGUUGUUCAAAACUUUGUGCUGUGGAUCGAAGCCAGAGAUAUGGGGUUUCCUCCCUUCUCCUCCUAUAAGAAAUUGGAUAUAACUGUGAAAGACGUCAAUGACAAUGCACCAACCUUUAAGCAGGAUCCCUUCACAGCCAGUGUUAUGGAGAAUUCCUUCUCAUACAAAAUAAUUACCAUCGCAGCUGAAGAUGUCGACAGUGGGCCCAAUGGGCAAAUAGAAUAUACCAUAGUGGAUGGUAACAAAGGCAAUAACUUUGUCAUCAGCAGGCAAACAGGGGAGAUCAGACACAUCGAGCAGUUGGACAGGGAACGCAUUGCUCAGUACACGUUAACUAUACAAGCAACUGACAGAGGGGCAUCUUCAAGGAGCUCUUCGUGUCAUGUCAUUGUCAACGUCUUGGAUGAAAAUGAUAAUGCUCCAAGAUUCUCACAGAUAUUCAGCUCUCAGGUGCCGGAAAAUGCAGCUAUUGGUUACACAGUCACACGCGUCACCACUUCAGACGAAGACACUGGAAUAAAUGCUGUUAGUCGGUAUUCGAUAACGGAUGUGAACCUUCCCUUCUCCAUAAACCCAAAGACUGGAGACAUUACAGUCAGAAGGCCUUUGAAUCGUGAAGAUGUGGAUCACUACACUGUCAGAGUCUACGCCCAUGAUUCUGGGUGGACAGUGAAUACUGAUAUUACUGUCUUUGUGACAGAUGUCAAUGACAAUGCCCCACGGUUUGCUUAUCCAUCCUAUUACCUUGAUUUCCCAGAGCUCACAGAGAUUGGCUCCAGAGUUACUCAGGUGGUAGCGACAGAUCCUGACAGUGGCCUCAAUGGCCAGGUAUUCUACUUCAUUAAGUCGCAGUCAGAAUUCUUCCGAAUAAAUUCCAGCACAGGAGAGAUCUGCACCAAGCAAUACGUAAAAUAUCACAAUUCCACCAGUUCCAACAACCUAAAUAUUAAUAGACACAGUUUCAUUGUGAUGGCUUCAGAUCGAGGUAGGGUUCCCUUGGUGAGUGAAACGACAGUCAUUAUCAACAUUGUGGACAGUAAUGAUAAUGCACCACAGUUUGAUUCACAAAAAUACUUUACUCCUGUUACAAAAAAUGUCAAAAUUGGUACAAGGCUAAUUAAAGUCACUGCGAUAGAUGACAAAGAUUACCACAUGAAUUCGGAAAUAGAGUACCAUGUUUCUGAUGGAAAUGGUUCAAAUCAAUUUGCAUUGGACAAGAAUAAUGGCUGGGUGUCUGUUGCAUCCUCUCUGAGAGCCUAUGUACACAAAGUGUUCAUAAUCGUAAUCACAGCCAUGGAUAAAGGUAAUCCCCCACUAUCCUCCAUGGCCACAGUCCAUAUUUUGGUAACUGACGAGAAUGUCCACAUUCCUCAGUUCUCUCAGAGUCACAUCAGCAUCACCGUGCCCGAGAGCCUUACUGUGGGGACAGUCAUCAGGACAGUUUCAGCUCGGGAUAAAGAUUCUGAUAUGAAUGGGUUAAUCAGAUACAACAUUUCUAAAGGGAACGAGGGAAGAUUGUUCUCUAUUAUUAAUUCAACGGGUGCUUUGUCUCUUGCUGGGCAAUUGGAUUAUGAGACCCAGCAAGUCCAUGAACUGACCAUUAGUGCUGAAGAUGGCGGCUGGGUGAAAAGAACUGGCUUCCUCAGUAUAACCGUGCAUGUCACUGAUUCGAAUGAUAACGUGCCACUGUUCAGCCCCAACGUGUACUUUCCAGUUAUAUCGGAGAAUGCUCCAAGUGGGACCACAGUAGUUCAAUUAAAUGCCACCGAUGCCGAUUCUGGAGGUAAUGCUGUGAUCGCCUAUGCGAUUCAGAUAACAGAAAGUGAUCUUUUCGCCAUUGAUCCAAAUACUGGAGUCAUCAGAACCCAGGGAUUUUUGGACUUUGAAGCCAAACAGAGUUAUCACUUGCACGUGAAAGCCUUCAACGUUCCAGAUGAGGAUCGCUUCAGCUUUGCCGAUGUGUACUUGCAGCUGAGUGGUGUGAAUGAGUAUGUCCCUCGUUUUGUCUCCAGGCAGUAUACCUUUGAGAUAUCUGAGGCUGCGUCGGAAGGUACUGCUGUCGGCGAGGUGUUCGCCAGCGACCGUGACCUUGGCGACGAUGGAGAGGUCAAGUAUCUGCUUUUUGGAAAAAGCAGAAAGAAGGGAUUCAGGAUUGAAGAAAAGACUGGCCACAUUUAUGUAUCGGGCCAAUUGGAUCGAGAAAAGGAAGAACAAAUAUCUCUGAAGGUUCUGGCGAAGAACGCGGGCUGCAUCCGUGGAUUUGAUAUUGAUGAAGUUGUUGUGAAAAUCACGGUGCUGGAUGCCAAUGAUCCUCCUGUUUUCACAUCCGAGGAAUAUUCUGUUCAGCUUAGCGAGGAGGCCACGCCUGGAGCUCAUGUUAUUUUUGUAAGUGCCUUUGAUUCUGACUCAGUUCCCAGUUGGAGCAGAUUCACCUACCGCCUCCAGAGUGAAAAUGAUAAAGGCACCUUUUCCAUUAACUCGCAGACGGGCCAGGUUUUAGUUGCAGCAGAGCUGGAUCGUGAGUCCAUCCCAGUGUACAACCUCUCUGUUUCGGCCGUGGACUCGGGAGUGCCUCCGGCCACCGGCAACACCUACUUGGUCAUCAACCUGGAGGAUAUCAAUGACAAUGGCCCGACCUUAACGUCCACGACUGGGGAAAUAGCCGAGAACCAGCGCGCAGGAAGUGUGGUGAUGGCGCUGAAUGCCACUGAUCCAGAUCUCCCACCGAACCAAGGUCCCUUCACCUACCAGCUGCUCAGCACAAGCACCGCCACCAGUUACUUCAGCCUCAGCUCGGGCGGGAUUCUUACCACCACCAGAGAAAUUGACAGAGAGCAAAUCAGUGAUUUCUACUUGUCAGUGGUGACGCGUGACUCUGGUAGCCCGCAGAUGUCUUCCACAGGGACUGUGCACGUCACCGUGCACGAUCAGAAUGACAACCCGUCCGAGGCCAGAACCGUGGAGGUGUUUGUCCACUACUUUGGAAACCUAUUCCCCGGUGGGAUUUUGGCCAGCGUUAAACCCCUGGAUCCAGAUGUAUUGGAUGAUUUCCGCUGCACGCUGACUACAGGGGCUACAACGCUUUUCAGCAUCCCAGCAGGCACGUGCAGUCUGAGCAGCCAGCCGAGGUCAACGGACAGAACCUUUGAUCUGACCGUCCGUAGCAGCGACGGUUUGCACGGCGCGGUGAACAACAACGUCCACGUUUUCUUCAUGGGAUUCAACAAUCUUACGAUAGACAACAGCGUCCUUCUUCGCCUGAAUAUUGCAACUGUGAAAGAUUUUCUCACCAACCACUAUCUGCACUUCCUACGCAUUGCUAACUCUCAACUGACUGGUAUGGGGACUACGAUACAGACUUACGGCAUUUAUGAGCAGGAUAAGAAAACCUACGUAAUGGUAGCUGUGAAACGAUUUGGCAAUCAGUACAUCAGCCCCAGUGGGGUGGCCACCUUUUUCGAGAGCAUCAAAGAGAUCUUAUACAGGCAGAGUGGAGUUCGGAUAGACUCAGUGGAUCAUGACCCUUGCACAAAUGAUCCAUGUCUGAAUGGUGGAAGCUGCCUGAAAAGGCUUGCUGUUGGUCCAACAGUCCAGAGUGAAGAAAGCACCCCAGUGGUCAUUGUGGCUAACAUGGUUGUACAACCCUUCAUCUGCCGAUGCCUGCCAGGAUACUUUGGAGAGGUCUGCGAAACUGACAUAGACGAGUGCCUUCCCUCCCCUUGUCACAAUGGAGGCAUCUGCCACAAUUUAAUCGGCCGAUUCUUAUGCACCUGUCCUGAAGGGUUUAUGGGCAGUGCUUGUGAACGGGACGUCAAUGAAUGCCAAUCAAAUCCCUGCAAGAGCGGCGGAAAUUGCCAUAAUUUUCCAGGAGGCUUCAGCUGUACUUGCAAAUCUGGAUAUACAGGCAGAACAUGUGAUUCUACCAUUGACUACUGCGAGUGCAAUCCCUGUUUCAAUGGAGCAACCUGCCAGAAUCAAGCUGAUAGUUACUACUGCCACUGUCCAUUUGGUGUCUUUGGAAAGCACUGUGAACUGAACAGUUACGGCUUUGAAGAGAUGUCAUACAUGGAGUUUCCCAGCCUGGAUCCAAACAAUAACUAUAUCUAUAUCAAAUUUUCCACCAUUAAAGAGAAUUCUCUGCUGAUGUAUAACUAUGACAAUCAGACAGGAAGCAAGGCUGAGUUCCUGGCCCUGGAAAUAGUGGAAGGCAAGAUGAAGUUCUCUUUUAACCUUGGAAGUGGAGCACACAGACUGAUGACAACCAAGAGGGUCUCUGAUGGACAAUUUCAUACUGUGGUUGCAAGAAGGGCUGGACUAGUGGCAUCUCUUACAGUGGACUCGUGUUCUGAAGAUCAGGAAACCGGUUAUUGCACAGCUACCAGUUUGACAUCAGCAAGUGAUUGGACGCUGGAAGUACAACCCAAUAGAUUAACAAUAGGUGGCAUCAGAUCGAUAGAACCAGUUCUUCAAAGGAAAGGCCAAGUUGUUACACAUGAUUUUGUUGGAUGUGUCAUGGAAUUUGCUGUUAACGGACGGCCACUCGAACCCAGUCAAGCUCUGGCAAGUCACGGGAUUCUAGACAGGUGUUUCCGAAUCGAAGGAGUCUGCCUAAAUAGCCCAUGCCAACAUGAGAGCUCGUGUGUGGAUUACUGGUCGUGGCAGCACUGUACUUGCAAGCAUGGGUAUGCAGGAAAAUACUGUGAAAAAUUGAUCAACGUGGACACUGCUUUGUCAUUGGUUGGCAGAGGACGCCUGGACUAUAUGAUUAAUCAGAAUAAGAAGCGGGACUAUUUAUUAAGGCAGAGUUUGAAGCGGCUGCCUCCUGAUCCUGUGAGUGCAAGCAGCUUGGACAUAAAGUUCAGAACAAGAAGCAAAAAUGGUAUUUUAAUUCAUGUCCAGGAAAGCAGCAAUUAUACUACUGUGAAGGUGCAAAAUGGAAAGUUACAUUACACUUCCGAUGCUGGUGUUGAUGGAAAAGUCGAAAGGAAUAUUCCGGAGAUUUCCGUAUCCGAUGGACAAUGGCACACAGUUAUAAUCAAGAAAAAUGGAUCCAUUACAACAUUGUCAAUUGACAGGAUCUACACUCGAGAAAUCCUUCAUAACACACAGAAUUUUGGGGGUUUAAAUGUGCUCAGCAUCUCGCUUGGAGGCAUACCUCCAGGGCUCAAUUACCAGAGCACUGAUCCAGAUUUUGAUGGGUGCAUCUCGUAUGUGACUUACAAUGGUGAAACAUUGCCCUUCACUGGGCAGCACAAGGAUGUUACAAUUACAAAAAGUGAUUCAUCUGUUAAGAUAGGAUGCAGAGGCCCCAACAUAUGUGCCAGCAAUCCAUGUUCGAGUGGAUUAAUGUGUGUGAACCAGUGGUAUUCAUACAAUUGUGUCCUUCCGGGAGAGUGUGCUUCUAAUCCUUGUCAGAACGGAGGGAGUUGUGAGCCUCUACCAAAGUCUGGAUUCACCUGCACUUGUCCGGAACUCUACAUUGGGAAAACGUGUGAGACUGUGGCGGUAUGUGUCAAUGUCCACUGUCCUCAGGGAACCGUGUGUAAAGCUGGAGUGGAUAAUGCAUACACCUGCAGUCCAAAGCUACAAAGCGAGGAGCUCUCUUUGCCACUUUGGGCUGUGCCGGCGAUCGUGGGCAGCUGUGCCACCUUCCUUGCGCUGGUGGUCCUCGGCCUCAUCGUCUGCAACCAGUGCAGAGGUCGGAAGGCAAAAGUGCAAAAAGACGAGAAUGCAAAGAAGAAGGAAAAGAAGAAGAAAGGGAGCGCGAAUGAGGGGUUUGAUGAUCCAGAUAACCUACCGCCGUACGAUGAAGAGCUGAGUGUCAGAAAGCAGCCUGAGGGAGUUCCAAAGCCUGAUAUCAUCGAAAGGGAAAACCCUUACUUGAUCUUCGACGAGACGGAUAUUCAACAUGCAGCAGACACAUUGCCAAGUGGGCAACCCUGUAUGGGACCUGAAACGGAACUUGAGCAUUAUGACAUAGAAAAUGCCAGCAGCAUUGCCCCUUCAGACGCAGACAUUAUACAGCACUAUAAGCAUUUUCGUAGUCACACCCCGAAAUUUUCCAUCCAAAGACACAGUCCACUGGGAUUUGCCCGACAGUCUCCUCUCCCACUUGGAGCUAGCAGCUUAAGCUUUCAGCCGUCUUAUGGUCAAGGAUUGAGAUCAACCCCACUGAGUCAUAAUACCUGCCAGAAUCCUAAUGCACUCUCUCGGCAAAGUCCUGCUCCAUUCUCAAAGCCAGGAACUUUCUACCGCAAUAGUCCGGCAAAGGAUUUGCACCUGGCAAGGAGAGAAGGGAGCCCCAUUGAUAUACAUUCGGAUGUUUGCCAGCCUGGCAUCUUUAAUUAUGCCUCAAGACUUGGAAGAAGGAGCAAAAGCCCUCAGACCAUGACAGGUCACAGUCACGCCUCCAGGCCUGGUAGCCGCCUUAAACAGCCGAUUGAGCAAAUCCCUCUAGAGAACACAGCUCCAGUGGGAUUGUCCAUAGAGGAGGUGGAAAGACUCAACACCCAUCGGCCGCGGAAUCCAAGUAUCUGUAGUGCAGAUCAUGGACGAUCGUCAUCGGAUGAUGACUGUAGAAGACCUCUUUCUAGAAUGAGGAACCCAGCCGACGGUACACCCGCACCAGAAUCAUCUUCAGACAGUGAUUCACACGAAUCUUUCACCUGCUCCGAGUUUGAGUAUGACAGAGACAAACCGGCCGUGUACACCUCGCGCAUGCCCAAAUUGUCUCAAGUCAAUGAAUCGGAUGCAGACGAUGAAGGCAAUUACUGUGGCAAACUAAAACCACGAAGAUAUCACGGCCGCAGAGCUGAAGGAAGCCCCGCAGUCCCACAGGGAAGCCAUGAAGAUUACAAAACACAACCCAAGCCUGGAGCACAUGGAGCUGCGCCGGGCGCUUUCAAUUGGGACAAUCUAUUAAAUUGGGGUCCUGGUUUUGGGAAUUAUGUGGAUGUUUUUAAAGAUCUUGCGUCACUUCCAGAAAAGGCAACAGUACAGGCAAAAGAAGAAGCGUUAAACAACGUUGCACAAAGUGCAGCGACAUCUAAUGAUGCAGAAGCAGAAGAAUAUGUAUAGGUAUAAUUUAUAUAGACUGUUCCAUUUUUCAGCAUAAAAAGCUGCAAGACAGUUACAAGCCGUUUAAUGGAUUAUUUUCAAAAUUAUCUUGCUCGUGGAAACCAUUGCCAGAUUCUGCAGUCCGUACAUUUCAGCUCAUGAAGAAUUUUGCCCUCAAAUGAUGGUUGUCUUUCAGGGUGCCCAUAAAAGAACUAUUGCAUAAAAGCACAUAAGGAUUGGAGUGAUGUUUGCGUUCUUCAAUGGUGGAAUAUUUUUCCUGACUUUUCUUUUCAGAACUAGAAACACAUGUGUGUGAGCACAGUGUGUUUCUUAUUCAGCCGCUGGCACUAAAGCAGUACACACGUUGGCCACCACUUUAAACGGUUGUGCCAAUACUGGAACAUACUUGGGUGUAGAUUUCCCAUUCUCCUCUUCUCAGCCUUUGCUAUAAGCAGAUCUGCUUUUUCAACAAAGGUGCAACUUAUUUUUGUCAUAAGUGUUUGUAUCUGCACUAUGGGAAUGGUUCGGUCUUGCUUUUGGAGAGCAAUUAGUUCUAAUACAAUAUCAUUGGGAAGUAUUGUCAUUACUUGCUUGAGAAUCUGUGCGUUGGCUUUCACUGUUUAACAUGGAGUCAAUAUGAGGGAAAAUUAAAAAAAUUAAUAUCUGGACUAGUUUGCCAUAGAGCUAACCUUGGAAUUCUGGGGUGUACUUUAAAAUCCUUUCUGCCCAAUUUCCAUGAAUCUUACUUUUAUACCAGUGUAGUACCUUU